UAGUGUAACGUUGCGCGGUGGAUCAGGGCCAUCCUCUCGGGAAUAAAAUUCUCGCAUACCACUUCGCUUCUCCCGUCGUCCGUCCGCCGAGUCCGCGAACCCCGAACCCUCAGGCGCGCUAGAAGGCAAACCGGGAAAUUAGUUAAUUGAGCGGAGUUAGGGCUUUUAGUGCGAGCGAUUUGCCGCGGAGAUGUCGAAGCUGAUGCCGAAUUUGGAUCAGCAGAGCACCAAGGUGCUUAAUCUGACUGUGCUUCAGAGGAUCGAUCCCUAUGUAGAGGAGAUCUUAAUGACUGCCGCACACGUUACUUUCUACGAAUUCAGCAUAGAGCAGAAUCGAUGGAGUCGGAAGGACGUGGAAGGCUCUCUAUUUGUUGUAAAGAGAAAUACCCAGCCUAGAUUUCAAUUUAUUGUGAUGAACCGGCGCAGCACAGAUAAUCUGGUGGAGGAUCUUUUGGGGGAUUUUGAGUACGAAGUCCAAAUCCCAUAUUUGUUGUACAGGAAUGCUUCCCAAGAAGUUAAUGGAAUAUGGUUUUACAAUUCACAUGAUUGUGAAGCUAUUGCAAGUCUUUUCAACAGGAUACUUAAUGCAUUCUCCAAAGCACAUCCUAAAUCUAAAGUGCCUGCGAACAAGAGCAGUGAGUUUGAGGAGUUGGAAGCUACACCAAGUUUGUCUGUCAUUGAAGGUCCAUUGGAGCCACAAAUUGCAUCUUCUGCUGCAGUUCCUGAUGUUUCUGAGGAGUCAUUUGUAAACUUUUUCAGUACAGGUAUGAGCAUUGGAAAUGUAUCCAAUACAACGAUACCUGGAUCUCUACAUCAGUCUUCUACUCCAACUCCUCACACACCUAGCGUGCCACUACCUCUUGUCUCAACAAUUCAAACUGCACCUUCUUUGCCAUCCUCAUCUCCUCCCCUAAUGUCUGUACUUGAUACUCUUGAAGCUAAUGGUGGAAAUAACCUCAUUACUAGUCUUGUGAAGCCUUCCUUAUUUGCACCUUCACCUUCAUCUUCUGCAUUAUUGAUGCCACCGAUUUCAUCUUCUGUACCUACUGCUCCUCCUCUUCAUCCUCCGGUCACCAUGCAGCGUCCAUAUGGCACUCCACUUCUCCAACCCUUUCCACCACCCAAUCCACCUCCUUCCCUCACUCCCACGCAAAACUAUGGUUCAGUCAUUACUAGAGACAAGGUCCGUGAUGCUUUACUGAGGCUUGUACAGAACAAUCAAUUCAUAGACUUGGUGUAUCGGGAGAUGCUCAAUUCUCACUUUCCAUAGCAGAACUGAAGCAUGUGUAUUUCAAUGGUUGCAGAAGAUUCGUCUCCUGAACUCUCUGAUUUUGUGCUUGUAAGUGCAUCUCAGUGUAUAGCUAUGGACUUAUUAAGGCUUUCAGUGUUUUGGGACUUCUUGUUUAAGACAGAUCUUCUUGCCGAUAUGCUCAGUAAGUUUGUAUGGAUGCGAAAUUUGUUCUUCCAUUUUUGGUUUGCCUUUGUGCUUCACGCUCUAUAUAUAUUUUUCCUAUUACCUCUCA